AUGAAUCUGUCUAAUGACGCGUCCAAUUCAGAAGGUCCAGAACCCGUCGAAUCACGCCAAAAAGGAGGAAGACGAAUUGCUUGUACAGCGUGUCGUCAAGCAAAGCUCCGUUGCCUAAGAUCAGAUACCAACUCUAGAACAUGCAUUCGAUGCCAGAAGCAGGCGCGAGAAUGCGUGGUGGAUUUGGAAUACAAACGACUAAAUAAGAAGGAACGUCUCAAUCAUCUUGUGCAACAGCAGAUCAAGGAGCUCCAAUCUGCUAAUUCAGCUGCUCCAAUCCCUGUUGUCCAGCAUCAUCCUCAACUUGAACUACCAGAAAUUGGCAACACGGAUUUCGCACCCCUUUCCAAUGGCCAGGCCGGCAGUCACAGAAGCCCGUCAAAUUCUGACCUACAAACGAUCAAUUCGAGUCGUGCCAACACUGUCACUGGCACACAUAGCAGCGUUGACCAAAAUCCAUCUUACCAGACGCCGUCCCAGCCGCCAAUGAAUACAGAAUAUGUCCCAGAAGAAACGCGACGUCAGUCUUUGGAUCAUGUCACAUUAGAUCCUGAACAGAUCGAUCACCUCUUUGACAUCUAUCACAGAUCCUACCAUCCGCUCUUCCCGAUCCUAGAACCCAUCCCACCCCCAAAUCUGGUGUUCGUUCAAGGACCCCUACUUUUCUGGACGAUCAUCGCAAUUGCUUCUCGUCAGGAUCUAGACGAUCCCUCUUUGAAGGCUGCGUUAAACCCAUGUGUGAUCAGACUACUUUGGCAGACCGUUGGAAUGCCGCCUCAUUCACUUCGCACGUUACAAGCCAUGUCUCUUAUCUGCAUGUGGCCGUUCCCGACUUCUUCAAUGUCCACCGACCCAACCUUUAUUUUAGCAGGUAUUCUCAAAUCGGCAGCUGUGCACAUCGGGCUACAUCAACCGGAAAUUUUACAAGACUACUCACGCACAAAAUUUAAGUUAGGAGAACAGGAGCUCAAGGAGGCAGUUAAAGUAUGGGCAGGAUGUUAUAUCGCCGCCGAAAACGCGACGACUUCGACCGGACAGGAUUCGUACUUCCCAUCAGACGGCACUAUCGAUCGGGCCAGCCUAGCCGAAAACCCAUAUGGCCUACCGAGGGAUCUUCAUCAUGUUUUGAUGAUUCAACACUUCUGUUGUAAGGUACAUCGUACCUUGAACGAUUCCAACUACAAUAGACCUGAACGAACUUUCAACCUGAAUUGUACUCACCUUUUGAGGGUCCUAGAAGAUGAGCUGAAAAGCCUAGAAAUGUCUUUGGGGAGACAACUUUCCUUCCACGUUCAAGUCGUACUUCUCUCAGCUCGCCUCCAACUUCAAGCCUACUAUCUCUUCAACGACACGGAUUCGACAGAACGGAGGUUGGGAGUUAUCAAGGCAUAUGAUACGGCGAUCGAGCUAAUCCUUCGUAUCAAAGCUGGCGAUAGCAUCAACGAUUUCAUCAGAUGCGCAUUUGGCGCGGUUAGGACUGUGUCAAUGAUUGCUGCGAUUUUGAUCAUGAAAGUCAUCCACUCGAGCUACUCGUCCUUCAUCAACAUUCCAGAGGGCAGGCGUGCUUUCAACGCAUUCUUGCUACUUGCCCGCCAAGGUUCUAUUGAAGAUAAUGACUUGUUUGGCAGAGCCAACAAAAUCUUGACUCAGCUUUGGGUAGUGCAUCGCUCUUUUCUCCAAGAGCAACAGAAGCACCCAACACUAACACACAAGUCUCGAUCCUUCUUCAGUGUCGCGUCUGACUCUUUAUGGUUGUGGCGGGAUCGUUUCGGGGGCCAGCCCGACAACGGAGCACCUCCACUGGUACGGACGAUCGUGCACAUCCCAGCACCUCAGUCCAAGCCUCAGGCACCGAAAGAUACAGCCGGGAAUGGGAAUGCCUUGGAAACACCCGCCGCUUCUCCCAAUCUCCACCACAAUCUCACCAGCCCACUCCAGCCCGACCAGUGGAUCGCAGAGCCUGACCAGUCCACGUUUCCGUUGGACUCUCUGGAAACUGGACAAGUCCUUGCGUCCCUGGAGAGCAUGCAACCAGUCGAUCAGAAUUGGAUCUGGGAUCUCGGGUUCCCUUCCCUCAGUACUUCCGAGUUCAACAUGUGGCCGACCAACUUGGGAGACCAACACGCCAAUCCUGGCGCACGAUGA